AGGGGCGCUCGGCCGCAUCGGGUGCGGAGGACGUACCUGGCCGGGGGGGGCAGGGGGCUCAGCACCGGCGGCGAAGGCGCCCCCGGGACGAGCGGGCGAGGCCGGGCCUGCUUCGCGCUUCCCUCCCGUCGCGUAGCAGCCGCCGCCGGGGACGGAGAGCAGGCGGCGCCGGCGCCUGGGCGGGGAAGGAGGCCGAGGCGCAGCACUGGUCCUGCCGUCGGAUCCAGAGCCCAAUGGCCAAGGAGAUGGCCAAUGGAGAUGGCGGCCUGGAGCUGGACCAAGAGAAAUAUGAUGCAGAUGAGAACGUGAAGAUUAUCUGCCUGGGGGACAGCGCGGUGGGGAAGUCCAAAUUAAUGGAACGCUUUCUCCUGGAUGGGUUCAAACCUCAUCAGCUGUCUACUUUUGCCCUGACACUCUACAAAUAUACCGCCACUGUGGAUGGCAAGACGAUCCUUGUGGACUUCUGGGACACGGCUGGGCAGGAGCGCUUCCAGAGCAUACAUGCCUCCUACUACCACAAGGCCCACGCUUGCAUCAUGGUCUUUGAUGCGCAGAGAAAGGUGACCUACAAGAACCUGAGCAAUUGGUACAAGGAGCUGCGUGAAUUCCGGCCACAGAUCCCCUGUGUUGUGGUUGCCAACAAAAUCGAUGCCGACAUGAAGGUGACUCAGAAAGGCUUCAACUUUCCACGGAAGUUCAACCUACCCUUCUAUUUUGUGUCUGCUGCGGAUGGCACCAAUGUGGUGAAGCUCUUCAAUGAUGCCAUCAAGCUAGCCGUGGCCUACAAACAGAAUUCAGAAGACUUUAUGGAUGAAGUCCUGAAGGAACUGGAAAAUUUUGAACUGGAGAAGGAUUCAGAUGACAAAGAGGAGAGUAGCCCAGAAGAAAACCUCCCGUCAACCUGAGCCCCUGGAAUGGGGAGGCCUCCUUCUGCUUCCUCGUGUAGGUAGAGGCUGGCACUUCUGUAGGGGCUUGGGAAGGGUAGGUUGCCCUGAGGGAGGCCACCUGCCUGAGAUCAGCUCUGUUGUGACGUGGGUGACCAAGAAGAGACCAUAGCAGUUCCCUACCCUGGAGAAUGGAGCGGGGGGCAGGAAGAGAUACACAGUUUGAUGUGAGUUGGGGGCUCACAGAUGCCCCCACCCCACUCCUUGGGGAGCCUCAGUUUAAACCGCUGUUGAUGGCAUCUGCCUUGAGAAAUUAAUAUUAAAGGACUAGUAGAAAA